UGAGCUCCUCAGAACAAAUACAGCAUGGAACUGGUCGUAUCCGCAAGAAAAAGCACUUGCAGAGGUAAAGAAUCUGCUGACACAGGCACCCGUGCUGGCAUUCUUCGAUCCAUCAAAAGAGACGGUCGUCAGCGCCGACGCGAGUAGUUUUGGAAUAGGAGGUUGUAUCCUCCAGCGCCACGGAAAGGGCAUGAAGCCCGUGGGAUUCUGCAGCAGAACACUGACCGAUACGGAGAAGAGAUACGCCCAGAUCGAGAAAGAGCUGCUAGCAGCGACAUGGACGUGUGGAAAGUUCCACAUGUUUCUCUCAGGUCUUCCAGAGUUCCGACUGGAAUUGGACCACAAACCACUCAUCCCUCUCAUCAAUUCAAAGAACCUGGAAGACGCGCCUCUCAGAUGCCAGAGGAUGUUGAUGCGGCUCAUGCACUACAACGGUACAGCCGUCUUCGUGCCAGGAAAGGAACAUUGUAUUCCAGACUAUCUGUCGAGGAAUCCUCUGAAAAUGACUGCAGACCACGUAGGCGAGGUCAUCCAACAAGAAGUAUUCGAACACUGUACGGGAGUGUUCAGCGACCUCCCUGCCAGUGUGAAGAAGCUGGAAGAGAUCAGCAAAUGUCAGCAAGAGGAUGACCUGAUGAGAGCAGUGUCAGAGCAAAUUCAGAAUGGAUGGAGAGAGAGUGCGAAGACGGGCCCCCUCAGCGAGUUUUUCAAGGAAAGAGGUCAGUUGAGCGUGCUACACAUGACGUUCGGGCCCCUGAUCAUGAAUGGUAAGCGUUUGGUGAUACCAACUCGCAUGAAAGCAGACAUCAUCAGCAAAAUCCACGACGACGGCCACUUCGGAAUAGGGAAGUGCCGAGAACGAGCCCAUGCGUCGGUGUGGUGGCCAGGUAUUGGUGCAGACUUGAAGCAAUAUGUGUCAGCUUGCAACUUCUGUCAAGUCAACUCGCCUAUCCAGAAGAAGGAGCCUCUUCUAUCGACAGCAGUGCCGACGAAAGCAUGGUCGCACAUAGCAACUGACAUCUGUCAUCAUGCCAACGCUGACUACCUUGUCACAGUCGAUUUAUUGAGCCGCUUUAUAGAGAUACAGAAGCUUCCGAGCACCACAGCUGCAGCAGUGAUAGAGCGCUUGAAGUCGCUCUUCAGCCGUUACGGUAUCCCUGACUGUGUGACUUCAGACGGUGGCACGCAGUUUACCUCUCAGACAUUUCGGGACUUCUCCUCUACCUACGGUUUCAGUCACCGCAUCACAGAUCCGCACACGCCGUCUGCAAAUGGAGCUGCAGAGCGUGCAGUGCGCACCGCGAAGUGGGUACUCAAACAAAAGGAUCCACACCUAGCGCUCUUGAACUACCGAGCCACACCCAUUGAGGCGACUGGCCAUUCACCUGCUCACAUGCUGAUGGGGCGUGAGCUGCGGACGCGACUACCCAAGCUCACUUCUGAAGAGGACGGACUAAAAGAGGCCCGUUCGAGAGACAUGCAGCAAAAGAAGAGGACGGAGCAGCGCUACCGGAAGCGUCACGGGGCCAAAUCGCUGCCUGUCCUGGAGCGGGGUGAUCAUGUCAGAGUUAGAACAGAAGCGGAAAAGCAGUGGUCGGAAACGAAGGCAUUGGUAACAAAGAGACUAGGCCCUCGAAGCUACCUGAUCAGUCACCGAGGAACGACCUAUCGUCGAAACAGGCGUCACCUGAAGCUCGUGUCUCGCGCUCCAAAAGCCAGUGUCCAUACCAAGUCAAACUGCAACAACCCACAGCAAGAUGACUUUGACUAUCUUGUCACCUAUCCAGCCCACGUAGCACAACAGCAGGCGAGGCAGCCACCGGAACAAGCCCACAGCAGCCCACGUGUCACUCGAAGCGGAAGGGUGUUCGGUUAAGUGGACUUAAGCUCGUGCUCUCGAGCUUGCAGGGAAGGUGUUCCGGGAGUGCUCUUAAAUAAUGUCUCGAGAAUAAUGUCUCGAGACAAAUACUAAGAAUUUGUGUUACGCAUGGAUUUUGGCUGUCUCAUGUGUCUCAUCUACUUGUCUGACUAGCAUGUCAUUUUAAGUAUAUCAUUUGUGUGAUAUAAAUCCUGUACUUAUUUAUACCUAUUGUGUCAACAAA